UUUACACAGAAGAUAUGGUAGAUUUUAAAUAAUUUCAGGUUCGCGGUAUUAUAUGUAUUAAUAUAAAUAGUUUCCACCCAUUUAGAGUGUAUUAAACAAGCUCCAUUUUAUUUUUUAUUAAUAUGUUUAUUUUACUUUCCAUACACGAGUCGUGUGUCCUACCUAGACAUUUCACACUUCGGAGUCACAAAAUUGGGUACAACUGUAAUGUAUCCUGUAAAAUCUUUUAAUUUCUAAAUUAAUUGAGUAAUUUACUGUAUACUUUUAACUGAUAUUAUUAAAAUAUAGCAUAAAAAUUAAUUCAAAACGCACUUUAAACAAUAGUCUCACUUUUUUUCCCGAAUGAUACUUCACGCAAGUUACCAUAAAGUAACGGCUUAAUCAAAAAGAUACCUUGGCCACGAAAAUAUUUUUAAGUAAUAGCAACACCACAGACAUGUUGGCCAACCGUACAGAUAAAAAUCGCCAUUUUGUUUCUGUCCAAGUUGGUCGAGAAGGUAGUCGGCAAUUGUGUCUCAAAAGAUUUUAUUAUUUUUAAGUGAAAAUAAUGCAAGAUGGUUUUGACGGCGGCAGAAAAACAAAAGCGGUACAGAGAGCGAAUGCGAGCUAACAACCCAGAAAAAUUUGAAGAAGCUAAGCGUAAAAAUGCUGUGCGAAAUAAAGAAAGAAAAAAAAUUUGUGAAUGUUCGGAAAGAGAGAAAGAAAUCCUAAGGGCACAGUGGAGAAAUAGAAAAAAUAGACAAAAAGAUAAAAUAAAAGAAAAUGUUACUGAAAAUAAUAGUGAUCUAACUGAGAGUAAUGAUUUAACUCAUAACAGAGCACGAUUAGCAGAAAGAAGAAAGUUUCAAAAACAUUUGGCUUUAGUAAAAAAUAGCUAUGAGGUUAAAAUCAACAAGAUGGCAAAAAAUAUUGCAGCACUUAAAAAAAAAUGUUACCGUUUAACAAAGAAACAAGAAUUAUUAAUCGCGCGUAUUAACGAGUUGAAAGUCAAAAAUGCAGAAUUUCUAAUAAAUAAUGUUCCUUUAAGUACCAAUACAAUCCAAGAUGACAUUGAAAUGACACCGCUUACAAAAACCGAAAGCUUUAUAGAAGAGAAUAUUCCCAAUAUAUCCACACCAGAAAAACAAAAAGUAAAAAGACAGCUUCUUAAUUAUAACGUUCUAACAAAUGCUAUCCAAAAUACUUACAAAAAUUCUAAAGAUAAUAAAGAUCGAAAUGUUCUUAAAAAAGUAGUUGAGGAUGAAAUAGUAAACAAGUACAAGGUAAAAAGCAUAACUACAGCUGUAUUGGGACUGAAAGGAAGAAUACGUCACAGAAGAAGCAUUUUGCGAAAUAAUACGAUGAUUUUAGAAGAAAUUAAACAAUUCUAUGAAAGAGAUGAUGUGAGCAGAGCAACAGCCGGGAAGAAUGAAGUUAAAACUUUUAAGAAAAAUAAACGACAGCGACGCUACUUAUUGAAAAGUCUGAAGGAUCUUUACAAAAAGUAUAGGUUGGAAGGUGGCAAAGCAAAGUAUACUGCAUUUAAAAAGUACCGGCCAUUCUAUGUCUUGCGUCCUAAACUCUCAAAUAGAGAAACAUGUGGAUGUAUUAAACAUGAGAAUAUAAUGCUGAAGAUUGAAAAAUUAAAACUUUUCGGAAUGAUAGAAACCAAGGAUUUAGAUAUAAUUUUGUCUAAAGUACAGUGUGACUUGAAUUCAAAAGAAUGUGCGUAUAGGGAAUGCUCUUUUUGUAAAGAUAAAGUUAUUUCCUUAAACUGGGGUAGUCAUAACCAAAGUGAAACUGUUAAUUACGAAGAAUUCAGACUUGACAAACAUGAGUAUACUAAUAAAAAAGAUAAUAAAAUAUAUAUUACUAAGAAGAUGGAAAAGAAACCAGUAAGUGAGUCAUUGGGAAAUUUAGUACAGAAAUUUAACAUAGAACUUAGUAUUAUAAAAAAACAUAUUUACAACAUUAAACAUCAGUAUAACCAAUACACAUCGUGCAUAAAAAACUUGAAAAACAUUGAAGUUGCUCUUCAUAUAGAUUUUAGCGAAAAUUACACAUGCAAACUUGCAACAGAAGUGCAAUCUAUGCACUUUGGUGCAUCUAAACCACAAAUAACAAUUCAUACUGGUGUCUUGUAUACCAGUGGAACCAAGCCACAAGCAUUUGCUUCUUUAUCACCAAGCAAUGAACAUGGUCCAGAGGCCAUAUGGGCCCAUCUUGAACCUAUACUUAACCAUAUUAGAAAGGAAUUUCCAACUGUGUCCGCUGUUCAUUUUUUUUCUGAUGGCCCUACUAGCCAAUACAAACAAAAGAAGAAUUUUUAUAUGUUUUCAAAACAUACAAAAUUGUUAGGAUUCCCUAACUCCACGUGGAAUUUCAGUGAAUCUUCUCAUGGAAAGGGAGCCGCUGAUGGAGUUGGUGGCGCGUUAAAACGCAGACUCGAUGGUUAUGUGUCACAGGGCAUAGAUAUACCAAAUGCCCAAACAGCAUUUAAAAUCCUUAAGGACUCGGACACGUCAGUAAUGAUCUUUUAUGUUACAGAGGCUGAUAUUGCCAGAUACACAAUAUCAGAAAUUCUAACGCCUGUACCACAGACAAUGAUUCUUCAUCAAAUUGCUAACACAGAGAUUGUCUUGUUCCCAAAAGGUCAUUGUGAAUGUUUAGAUGUCAAAAACCACCAACUUAUACCAAACAAAGAAUCUGAAAAAGACAGUGAUACAAUAAAUAAUCGUGAUCGGAAUAAAGCAAAAGAGAAUGAUAAAAAAAGGAAAAUAUCAGAAUUAAGUGAAAUAUCUGAUUCAGAGCAAGAAGAGAAAGAGAACAGGAAUGAGAUUGAGAAGAUUGGUAGGACUGGUAACGACACAAAAAAAAAAGUAACCCUAUUAUCAGAAGUGAGGUACAAACCGGAAAAUCGUGCCUUCUGUAUCAAACGUUUUCAUAAUGGUAAACCGAAUCUCAUAAAUAUUAACAUGUGUGAUACAUUAAAUUUAUCAUAUAAAAAAAAUAUAGAUAUAUAUCAUAACCCAACUCCAUCCACGUCGACCAUGUCAGAACUAAAUGAGAAACAAAAUAUUACACUCAAAAAGACAAGAUUUCGUGAGACGCAAAAUAUCGCUGAUUCUAGUGGAAGCUCCACAGAAAACGAUGAUGAUUUUUCUGUUCAUGACACCUCAGAUGACGAACAGUUUAUACCCGAUUCUGACUCUAUUAUAACUCGUGAAACAGUUGAAGAAGAAACAGGAAAUAAUCACAAUAUUCAAGAAGAGACUGAUAUAAACAAGAUAACUGACAAAGAGUGUGAUUCCCCAAACACCAAAGAUGAUAAUAUAAGUGUAGGUGAUAGUGUAUUAGUGAGGUAUUUUAUAAGACAAUCUUGGAAAUAUUAUGUUGGUUUUAUAGAAAGGGUAGAAGUUGAUGUUACUGUAGGUUAUUCUGUGCUGUUUUUAAAAACAAUUUAUAAACCAACACUAAAAUUUGUACCUACAAAAAAAGAUCGUGAUAUUGUUCCCGAAUUAAGUGUGGUAAAAAGAAUAGAGCUAGAGUUGAUUGGGAAAGCAUAUGUCUUAAAAGAUACAUCAGAUCAAAUAUAUUUUCUAUAAUCUGUGAACGUAAUUUAUUGUCUUUCGUAACUAAUUAUUAAUCUAUGUCAUGUCUAAUUAAUGUCGAACGUACAUUUUUAUGCCGCCUACGUUCCACACGUGGAAGUUUGGAAGAACUGUUGGGGUGUUGGACGAAUGAGUGGAGGCGGCAUUACACGUACAGUCUGUCACGGAUUGAGUUUUAUUUGGUAAAAAUUAGGUAGAUUUAAGAUUGAUUAGUGUAAUUCUUAAAGUUACGAGAAAACAAGAAAAGAUUUCCCAAAAAUGUUGAUAUUGUUAUAAAAGGUUAGUCUUUUUGACUUAUAUCCGCCAUAUUCAAAUAUAAGUUAAUUAGAACGAUACGAAGUCAAGAAUGAUAACUUUUUAAAAUAUUUUUCUAAUAUUAUUUUUUUAUGCUAAGCGUUUACGCGGAAUGGCUUUAUACAAACUUUUAUUGAUCUUGAAAACGAAUUACCUAAACAGUUUUAAUAAAACUUGGUAUAGGUACAAAUUAGCAGGUUAUAUAGAUCUAAAUACCAGUUAUAUAAUUUAUUUUCAAAAAAGUGUUUUAAAAAGAUCUUACAGUCAAUUUCAGUUUUCUAUGCAAACGGAAAAUUCCAUAGUUUCAUAAUAUUCAUAUUUCUUAAAUGUGUUUAUUUUAGAUUUAGAUCUUUAAGUAUAACUUGCGUAUCGAAUUUUAUAACAAUCGGUUUAUCUAGGAAGAUAUGGUUUUACUUUCGAAUGAUUAUAUUACAAUUUUUUUUUACGAAAGCCAUGCGGC